AUGGCAACUGGAGAUGCCUUCGCACGUCUUCAUUUCGAUUUUCGAAUCGGAAUAAAAACAAUAGCGAACAUUGUACGUGAAGUUACUCAUCAUAUUUGGUCAGAAUUAUCUACAGUUUAUAUGCGGAUGCCAACACAAGAAGAAUGGUUGAAUAUAGCACAAAGAUAUGAAAUAAAUGCCAAUUUUCCACACUGUCUUGGAGCACUGGACGGGAAACAUAUUAGAAUAAUUAAACCCGAAGAAAGUGGAUCAAUGUUUUUAAAUUAUAAACAUUUCUUUUCUAUUGUUCUCAUGGCUAUUGUGGAUUCCAACUACAAUUACAUUUUUAUUGAUGUAGGGUCGUAUGGUAAAGAAUGUGAUUCAAAUGUUUUCAAAGAAACACAGUUUUGGAAAAAACUUGUUGACAAUACGUUAAACAUACCAUCCCCAUGCUCUAUAAUAAAUACUAACUAUAUAUUACCAUAUGUUUUUGUAGCUGAUGAAGCUUUCGCACUUCAUGCUAACGUACUUCGACCCUACGGUGGUAACGAACUCACAAAAGAACAAAAGAUAUUUAAUUAUCGCUUGACAAGGGCAAGAAGAUACGUCGAGUGUGCAUUUGGAAUAAUGGCCAACAAAUGGAGAAUUCUGCACCGAUCUUUAAACUUAAGUCUCGAUUUAACAGUUGCUAUUGUAAAAACUACUUGCGUUUUGCAAAAUUUUAUUCAUACAGAAGAAGGUCACGUUGAGCCUUUAAUCAAUCGAGACCGAUUAAAUAGUCCAUUGCAUUUAGAAGGCAAUAAUCUCACAGCAGACGAAAUUCGUCAAAAAUAUACUGAAUAUUUUUCCUCUGAUGAAGGAUCACUGCCAUGGCAAGAUAAAUACACAUAAAAAAUAAGUUCUAAAACUAAAACCCGACUACUAAAUUUUAAUCCAAAAAGUGUGAAACAAGGAAUUAUUCUUACCUGCCAUAUUGUUUAAAUAAACAAUUACAUGUUAUAUUUUUUUUCAUGUUUAUACGUAUUUUAUUAUAAGUAUUAGUCAUUAUCGUUUUUAGCAAAGCCGUGUCCGUAUGCUACUUAGCGCUAUUGAACUUAUGAUUGCUUGCAACUUAAAUCUUUUAUUGUAGAUGUAUUUAAUGUGGGUAACGACAAUGAUUAAUAUUUAUAAUAAUAUAUAGCUAUAUAGAAUAUAUCUAGUAAUCUGAAUUUUUGAAAAUUGUAAAAAGAUAGUAAUAUGUUGUAAGUACUUACCAUAUUCAUUUUUUUUGACAUUUGUCAUUUCGUCGAAGUCUUUGUUUAAGAUAGUAAAUAUUUCUCUCCAUGCUUCGUAUGUGAGUCUUUUAUCUUUAUAUAUGUCUAAAGUUUUGUCCCACAAUACCGGUCGUCCUUCUACUAAAGUUAUAAGUAACUCAUCAGCCAUUUUGUACUCUACGCUGCAAUACACGUCCACACCAAACGCACAACGCACAACAAAAACUGGGCUGGCUCAACCCUACUACACCGCCCCCCCGCCGCUCCGCAACAACGUUCGCCGCGUCGUGUCUUGCGCAGACAAGAUUUUUUUCGUGCACCGCUGCGAGCAGUGUACACAGUUAUUUUCUAGUUACGACACGAAUUCUUAGGUACGCCCGGCGUUUUUUCUUAGCGUGUACAAGCGCCGUAAUGUUAGGUAUCUAA